ACCAAGAAGAAGGCGAUGACGACAACAACAAACAGGCAUAACUCAACGUUAGCUGUUCAUAUUACCGCCCCCUCCCUGAUAUAUUUAUGUCAAGCGAUUCACAUUAUCCGGCGAUCAGAGGAACUGCUUGGUAACAGGGCAACAGGCAUGCGGCUUCACCUGCUUACUGCGGUGAUCGCGCCAUUCCUAUAUAAGCGAGUCGGCGUCAUCUUGAAACACAUAACAAGGCAGCAGGAUCCUACAAACAUGAAGUCUAUAAUCAUCGCCGUGGUGGUUUCGUGUAUGUGUGGAACCGCACUGUCCCAGCUGGCUCGAGUGCGCGCAACCAAUGUUGGUGACAACUCUGGUACCUAUAUCGCCAAUCAACAGUACCCCCCGACGCCGUUUCAAUACGCUUAUUCGUCGGAAGAUAUCGAAGGGACACAUUCGGCAACGCAGAGCGGCGAUGGUAGUGGCCGCAUUGAGGGUUCCUACACGAUGACGCUGGCGGAUGGCCGUACGCGAACUGUGACGUACGUUGCCGAUGAGAAUGGAUAUCGUGCCGAGGUGACGACCAACGAGCUGGGUACUGAGUCGAAAAAUCCCGCCGAUGUUAUCAUCAAUUCGUCAGCGAUUACAGGCGAACAAGCUGCCAUCCAAUAUGGGCCAGCCGCCCCUCAGAGGCAGGUUGUGCCUGGGCCCGGUAUCGGUGCAGUGCAAAUCCGCCAGCCUAACAGCCAGGUCGCCCUGCCAUCCUAUGGAACAUUCGCUGGAGUACAGGGUUAAAAAGAUGGAUCUACAUAAUAAGCGAUUUAGAAAAAAUAAAAAAAAAAA